AUGUUGUCACCAAAGCGGGUGAAGCUGGAAAAACCAAUAGCAGCAGCACACAGGGAAAUAUUCGCAUUUCUUCUUCGCGUCAAUGAAGAGCGUUCCAUUCAUGCGACGCUUCGAGUCGCGGGUGGGUGGGUGCGAGAUGCCCUUCUCGGCCUUCACUCACAGGAUAUCGAUAUCGCUAUUGAAUCGCCUGCAUUAAAACAUGUCUCCGGGGAGGCCUUUGCACGCGAGGUGUCGGCCUUCCAGGAGGCAAUCGGCAUGACAGCACGAACAGUAAGUGUAAUCCGCGUCAACCCAGAGCUGUCGAAGCACAUUGAGACAGCGACCGUGUGUGUAUGUGAUACACCUAUUGAGUUCUGCGCCUUGCGACACGACGAAUACACCAAGCCUGACUCGCGCAUCCCGGUGGUGCGCCCUGCCACGCCGCUGGAGGAUGCAUUGCGUCGUGACUACACCAUCAACGCACUCUUCUACAACUUGCAUACCAUGGAGGUGGAGGACUACACGACAGGCCUGGAGGAUAUGCGACGUCGUGUUCUCCGCUGUCCACUGGACCCAACGGAGACAUUCACAGACGAUCCGCUGCGGUUGCUACGCGGGAUUCGCUUUGUGGGCCAACUUGGGGAGUUGGGGUUUUCACUCGAUGAAUCUGUCGUUAACUGCGUUACAAAGGAGCUCCUCGAUAAAGUGACACUUAAGGUAUCGCGGGAGCGUGUCGGGAAAGAGGUGGCGAAGAUGUUAUCAGGGCCGCGCCCCGAAAAGUCUGUAGAGCUUCUAUUCAAACUAGGCCUUCUCCAACAUGUUCUGUUGGUGGAACUUUACUUGAAGAGCAGCAAAAAAGGCCACCUCACUGCUGAAGUGGAGAGAAUGGAGUAUUUGGCCACAAGCGAGGCGGCAAGAGGAAGUCUUAAGUCCGUUCUGUUGCUAAACCGCACGCUGGCUCCCCUCUUUUCUCAACACGACUCACCACUGGUACUGCCGUCACCAGUGGAAAAAAUGGUCGCUAUACUGUUUCUCUUGUGUCUGCCGUUUUACCGUGGGAUGCCUCGCGAUCAAUUAGCAGAUCGUCUGUACGCAUUAUGUUUGAACGGACUGAAAUUACCACUUUCUUCGUACAACAUACUCCGGCGUAUGCUGGAUUGUUACAACACUCUUUUGCAGCAGCAACUAAACGUGGGCAUAAUCUCAGAACAAGGAUUAACGACCAAGACGAAACUCGCUAUAUUUGAGGGUUUGGGCGACUUGAACGACAAAAAAAUGAUCUCUUCAGCGUUCAAAAUUGUUUUUUCAGCCUACGUAUUGUUUGAACACCGGAGCGAUAUUUUGACAUCUAAUGAUGUGGAAAAGGCUGCAGGCCUCAUUGGUGAGAUGUGGCCCAUUUUGGAACAGGAGCCUGGGCUGAUCGAUGCUAUGUCACGGCAGCUACCACUUAAGGGUGAUGAGCUCGCCAAACUUGUUCCCCUCGGCCCUCCGCAGAUUGGCCCAGCGUUGCUUGCGCUGCGUAGGUACAUGAUGCUUCAUCCCCAAGCCUCGCGGGACGACAUGAUCUUGUGGCUGAGGGAGCAGAAGGGUACGCUAUAA